AUGGUCAAGGCCGUCGUUGCUGGUGCUGCUGGUGGCAUUGGCCAGCCCCUCUCUCUGCUCCUGAAGCUCUCGCCCCUCGUUGACGAGCUCUCUCUCUACGAUGUCGUCAACACCCCCGGUGUCGCGGCCGAUCUGUCUCACAUCUCGUCCAACGCGAAAGUGAGCGGCUUCCUGCCCCCCAACGAGGGCGCCAAGGCUGCCUUCAAGGAUGCCGACAUCAUCAUCAUCCCCGCCGGCGUUCCCCGCAAGCCUGGCAUGACCCGUGACGACCUGUUCAACAUCAACGCCGGCAUCGUCAAGGGCCUGAUCGAGGUCGCUGCUGAGGUCGCCCCCAAGGCCUUCAUCCUGGUCAUUUCCAACCCCGUCAACUCGACUGUCCCCAUCUCGGCCGAGGUUCUGAAGGGCAAGGGAGUCUUCGACCCUCGCCGUCUCUUCGGUGUCACCACCCUCGACAUUGUCCGCGCCGAGACCUUCGUCGCUGAGAUUGUUGGCAAGAGCAACCCUCAGGAGCUCACCGUCCCCGUCGUCGGUGGCCACUCCGGCGAGACCAUUGUUCCUCUCUUCAGCAAGGUCACUCCGGCCGUCACCAUUCCUGAUGACAAGUACGAUGCUCUCGUCAACCGCGUCCAGUUCGGUGGUGAUGAGGUCGUCAAGGCUAAGGACGGCGCUGGCUCCGCUACUCUGUCCAUGGCCUAUGCUGGCUACCGCUUUGCCGAGAAGCUUCUCAAGGCCGCCAAGGGCGCCAAGGGCCUUGUUGAGCCCAGCUACGUCUACCUGCCUGGCAUUCCGGGCGGCGAGGAGAUUGCUAAGAAGACCGGCGUUGAGUUCUUCUCUGUUCCCAUUGAGCUUGGCCCCAACGGUGCUGAGAAGGCCAUCGACAUCCUGGGUGACCUCACCGACAAGGAGAAGGCGCUGCUCGAAACUGCUAUCAAGGGUCUGAAGGGCAACAUUCAGAAGGGCGUUGACUUCGUCCACAGCCCCCCUCAGAAGUAA